GCCUGGGUGCUUGGUGAGCGGUGCGCGGUGAACGGCUCGCUUGUAAACACCACAGUGUCGCCACCCCGCAGUAAUCAUGGCGGCAGCGCUCACCGGUGUUAGGCUUGUCUUACGAUCCUCAUGCUGCACUACUGUUAACAGAGCCAUAUCUUCAUCAGCUAGGGUGUUUGGCAUCAAGUCGCGAUGGGUGGCACCGCUGUACAAAACACUGAAACACAGACACAUCAAAAUGAAGAGCUUAGGAUUGAUGCCUGUAAACAAGAGGAGUGAGUUCAUUGAAUGGAAUUAUGAUGCCGAAUUAUAUGCAUUUGGUAAGAGGCUACAGGAAGAGUUUGAUGGUGACGCCCUACGUGAAGCCCUGACAGAUGCCUCGUACAUUGCUAAGGAGACACAGCGACAGCAGGAGCUUGGUGUGAGUGACCCGGGCCUGGCCAUGAACAACAACAAAGAGCUAGCAGCCAGAGGAGAGACAGUCAUCACUGAGUACUGCUUUGGCUACCUCCGUGCUGCCUUUCCCCUGCUGCCGGAGGAAGGAAUCAGUGCACUGGUGGAGUAUUGCCAGAGUGAAGAUGUGAUGUCAGCUGUUGGUUACGGGAUUGGUCUCCGGGAUCUUGUACUGUGUGAGGAGCACCCACCCUCUUCUUCAACAAUGGCAAGGUGUUUCCAGGCAAUAGUUGGGGUGCUGAGUGUGUCCUCACCAGCCCCACGUUGCCAUGCCUUCGUGCGGGACUUUGUUGUGGCACAGCUGGUGGGCAAGGACAUUGAUACCAUCUGGAAGGUUGAGAAUCCCAUGGGAGUCGUGGCAGACAUUCUCCACCAGAGUGGCCAAGGAGAGCCUGAGCCGAGGCUAAUCUUCCAGUCUGGGCAAGAGACCAUUCAGGCUGUGUACCAUGUGGGAGUGUAUUCAGACAAGAAGUUCAUGGGAUCAGGUUAUGGAGAGACUGUGGAAACUGCAGUGAAGGAGGCAGCUCACGAUGCCCUGCGGAAGCUUUUCCAGAUCACAGACUCUGCAAGCCCACUGCCUUUUGGGAAGGAUGCAGAUGUGGUCCCCCUUAAGACUGAAGCCAAUAUUUCCUUAGAUAACUGGUCUAUUGAUAAGACAAAAAAUAUUAUCACUUGUUAGUGUUUUUGUCUUGUGUCAGUGAGACGUAUUUAAUUAAUUUUUUUACUUGAAUGAUCUACUCCAACACUGUAAAUAUUGUAAUAAACCUGUUAAGCUAAGAAAA